GUCGCUCCCCCCCUCCUCCCCCCCCUUCCCCCUAGCACCUGUGGGGUCGUGUCCGCGUCUGCCCCCCAGCCUCCACAGGUUCAGACGGCGCCUCCACACUUGCCACACGCACCCGUGCCUUCUCCGCCCGCAGGUGGCUGCAGUAUAAAUGUCCUUAAGUAGGGAGGAGCAGGAGCUCCGCUGUGUGUUGAGUUGGUUUGCAAACUGGGAAGAUCAGCAGAGAGAGCAAUUCCUAAAUGCCUUGGUAGAGAAAGCUGUUCCACCGGACAUUGACCAACUAUUCCAAGGACUCAAUCAGCUAACUUUGAAUAGCAGCUGCCAUUCAAUGCUCCAGUGCCAGCUCCGUUUAUUCUCUCAAUGGUUUGAUUCCUGGACCUGCCACCUUCGCAACAUACUCCUCUACAACCUGCACUGCUACGACCCCAAAUUUGUUGAAAAAUUUCACACUCUUGUUAACCAGAGGUGUUCCACAGAAGACCAAUGUUCUCCAGAGGAAAAGAAAAUGUGAAAGGCACUUUUAACUGAAAAUAUUUGUUACAAAUAAUCCUUGCUUCAAUAAAUAUUUUUCUGCUGUUUAUUGGCAUUGAGAUCUAUCAACAAAAAUGCCACAACAACAUACAACUGCAGACCAAGUAAAUUUUUUGAGCCAGUGGUUUAUGUCAUGGUCAGAAAUGCAGAGGGAAGAUUUCUUGCCUGUACUGACACAAGCUUAUCAACCUAAAGAUAAUCUGAAUGGCCUUGUUGGAGGUUAUGAGUCCCUGACCUCACAAGGCAGAAGACCAUCUCUCUUUGACUGUCAGAUGAAGUUGUUCCAUGAAUGGUUUGGUGCUUGGACUGAGACUGAGCGGCAGACUCUGCUGGAACAUUUACGGGAGGUGGAUCCAGAGUUUAUGCAUCAAUAUGAGAAAAGGCUGAAGGGUGAAACUUCUCAGGAAGAGACCACUCAGCCUGAGUGUGCAGGAGAUGAAGGCCAUAAUCCCCCCAGUUCUCUCAGCUCACCACCCAGCACCUUGCCACGCUCCCACAGUCCCCAUGACUCAGGCUUGGAUGAGCCAUCAACUGACACAGAGCAUGCAGAUCCUCAGAGUCUUGACUCAGGCCAUGAUAAGGAGGACACAACCCCUACUGGUCAUUCAGCAGUGGAUGAUGUCUCCACAUCAACUGUAGGGAAAUUUGAAACAAAUGUUGCUGCUUGUAAAAAUGAUGAUCAGGAGAAGGAUGUGUACAACAUGGAUGACCUAGCAAAUGGACUUCACGAUUCUCAAAAUAUUACAAGGGUAAAUGUACCAGGGCCUGGGGAGAUCGCUUCACCCGCAACUUGUGAAGCAGUAGCAGAGCACUAAUUUUCCAUUGUUGAAACACAACCUAUUGAUUAACCUUUUUUUUUCUUUUAUUUAUUUAUUUAUUUAUUUAUUUUUAACACCUUGGAAAUCUGAGUUGCUUGUGUUUCUUAUAUUUAAAUAUCCAAGAUAUUCCUAAGAAGUUAAUGGAAAUGCUUUCACAUCAUAUUCAGUCGCGUAAUCACUGUUUCUCUAAUUUUCUGUAAUUAAAUGCUGGAACAAAACCAAACCUGAAUAUUAAAAAAAAAAAAAAAAAAAAAUCAUAAUACAGAAUUGCAGUUUACAUAUAUUUCAGCUUUGAUAAUUUAUUUAUGCUUUGGAUAUCAAUUCAAAGCUGACUUCUUUGAUGACAUGGAAACGUUUAUCAUCUGCAAGGGUAACUUUCAAAACAGUUAAUACAUACACUAGUAUAUAUCAACAAUAUAUAUAUAAUACUAGUAAAUGGUUACAUAGAAAAUAUAUAAUUUUUUUUAUUAUUAGAAUUGAGAAAACUAUCAGUUUCCCCACAUGAGCUCCCAUUGUAAUGCAUUGUAUAAAUCAGGGGUUCUCAACCUUUUGCAAGCUGGGCACCCCCUUCCCCCCAUAAAAGAAAAAAAAAAGCUGGUUCAAUGCAGUUAGCAUUGAACUAGCUUCCUCCUUCCUAUGCCACCCACUCAGCUAUGCCACUGUAGAUAUAUAGGUAGCCCUUGCUGCAUCUCCCUUGUACUAAGCCAUUUUCCAUUAUUUUUUUUCCCUCCUGUGCUUGUGCCCUGGGACUGCCCCCCCCCAUCCUCCCACCCCAGCUGAGAACCACUGGUUUAAAUUAAUAACUUCUCAGUAUUGAUAAUCAUGAGUGACAUACAAAUAAAUAAAGCAUGUAGCUGUUCUUAAGGAUGGUUGCGCUAGGAGGGUUGCAGGUGAUAAUGAUUACAGUAUUAACAUUUCAACAAAGCAAUCAGCAGCACCAGACUGAAAUAGUAAUUUCUUAGUCCCUGUAACCAGAACAUUAGCAUGUGGCUUUUUGAAGUCUUCCUUUUCUGAGGGUCCUAUCAUCUGUUUGGUAGGUUACUUAAUUCUUUUAAUUGUGGAGAUGCAUUUUCCCAGUUUACUUAUUUGGUGUACAUAGAUUGAAUAUUGAAAAACUAAGAGCUGGGAGAGUGAAGUAUGGGAUACAAAUAGGAGAGGAAGACCUUUAUUGAGGGGACAAAAAGGUAACAUUAUGCAACAGAAUGGUAGGUGUGUUAUGUUGGAUAUUAUGAUAAAUACAUUUUUGCAAUUUGCAAGUGUCAGUGUAUUACACUCAACUUGCAUUGGUGAUAUAGUCAUCAUUGGUAUAGUUUUCAGUGAAUGAGAUUAUCAUGUUUUAUAUGAAUGUGUUGUAUUGGGUGUGCUUUUUUUCCUAUAAGUCUCAAAAUUAUCCCUGUCCUAUCCACUAGAUUGCAUUAGCUGUGGUUUUGCACUAAGUAGCCACAAGGAUUUACUAAGCAGGUUAAUCUUACAAGACUGCCUUUGUCACCAAACAAACUCAUUUUGCAACCUUCCCUAGUGUACCAGUACCAACCUUAAAUGAGAACUAGUAAGCUUAUUCAGAUGACUUGUAUUUAUUUGUGUGAGGUCACAGCAAGCAACAUGAUAUAAUGGAUUUUGUUCUCUGAAUUUUAUCAGUGAAUAGAACAUAACUAUUAUAUAAUAGAUGUUAGCAAAGAUAACAUGUGUAUCCCAGUUAUACAUGGUGUAUUUAGAAGAGGUAUUUUAGGCUAAACAAAAAUGGGAAUGUUGUAGUUGAAAUGACAGGUUAAGAUCUUGUCGCUGGGAUGAGUUUCAUUGGCUCAUCUCUCUUAAUACAUUAUGUUUAUUAUGGAGCAGAUAUGCUCUUCAUACACUAAUGGCUCUAUUAUAAAAAAAAUAUUUUGCUUGGGUAUUACUGUUAAGGUCAUUUAUAUACUAGGGAUAUGUGGCCAUAUUGAGCAGGUGAUUGGCUGUGGUUGUGGAUUCAUUGCUACCAUUGUGCUGUGAUUUCACAUUUUCACCAUUCCUUAAUUUGCUUGUAAUUGUUCUUGCCAUGUUUAUAAAUGGCUUGUUUGACAAUCAGUGUAGGAUUGUUUAGUGUUCAGGCCUUUAUGUGCCUUUGCCAAGUAGAAGAACUAAGUUUAAUUUUUUUCACUUCAGCCCAGUUUUUUUUUAUUUAAUCAGGUGAACUGCAUUCCAUUCUUGUUACCACAUUUCUGUAUUUAAGACCAUUAACUCCUCUAUCCAUGCCUCUCUCUCUCUCUCUCUCUCUCUCUCUCUCUCUCUCUCUCUCUCUCUCUCUCUCUCUCUCUCUCUCUCUCUCUCUCUCUCUCUCUCUCUCUCUCUCUCUCUCUCUCUCUCUCUCUCUCUCUCUCUCUCUCUCUCUCUCUCUCUCUCUCUCUCUCUCUCUCUCUCCCCUCCCCCCACCAGCAACACGGGAUCAAAGGUGAUUCACAAAUAUAAUAUCAGUUAUCAGCAUUAUCUGGAUUAAAUGAUUACUUAAGAGAAAAAAUGGUUUUUAAUACCAAUGGAAACAAAAUGAGUGAUUCAGUGAAAACUAAGAAAAAACUGGAGGUCACUGAUGAAUGGGAAGGAAAAAAGUGAGAAGGAAGGUAGUUGUAAUUAUUUCAGUUUAUGGAUUUUUAUUACAUUUGUUAUUAUUAUUAUUAUUAUUAUUAUUAUUAUUAUUAUUAUUAUUAUUAUUAUUAUUAUUAUUAUUAUUUCAGUAUUUUUUUUUCAUUAAUUAUUCUUUUAGCAUAACACUGUUACAUUUCUUGAAGAGAUCAUGAUGGUGAGGAAGCUAGUUGAAAAUAAUUCUUGCAGAGACUCAGGAAAAACAGUAUGGAGAGAAAAUUUACAAUAAACAUCAGAAGUUACAGGGAAGAUAUGUUCUAAUGUAGGAUUUAUUUCAUAAUGUGUUUUUGUUAACAUACAAUUCGAUGCUGGAAGUGUAUAAUAUGUAAAUGUAAAUCUGGGGGUCCUACUUUCUGUGAAGUGUUGUAAUGAUGUAAUCAUCUUGGUUUUGUUAUUUGAUUUCAAACAUAUCAUUACACCCUCAAUUAUGAUGAUGGUCUGCAUUUGUCAUUUCUGUUUUUUAUAUUUGCUGUGAGAGGCUACUUAGCAGAAUAAGUUGAAUCAUUUUACUUGAAACUGCAUUAUUUGUUCAUUUUACUUAUCUUUUUUUUCUUUUCUCUAGAGAAUGGUGUGAAUAUUUGUACUGAAGUAAAGAGUUAGUCAGGCAUUAUGUGUCAUGAAAUUGUACUUUUUAUGCCUUCAGAUUUGUCCAGUGUCUGAGAAAUACAAUAAUAUGUAUUUUGAAGUGUGUAUAUAUAUAUAUAUAUAUAUAUAUAUAUAUAUAUAUAUAUAUAUAUAUAUAUAUAUAUAUAUAUAUAUAUAUAUAUAUAUAUAGUGUAUCAUUAUGUGAAUUCCAAUUUAUAAGUAAAUUAAAUUAAUGAAAAUCUCUUCAUAAAUUAAAAAUUUGUAAAUCCAGCUAAUUUCUCCAUAGACUUACUGCACAGUUUAAGCCACUAAAUUGUUAUGAAACAUAAGAAAGAAAUUGGAAAUAAAAAGAAAGGUUAGUGAGCUGGACAAGACAUUUUUGAUGAUGACUCAAAAGCAGCAGCACACCUUUAAAUAUAUUGAUCCAGGUGGUUUAAACCUGUAAUUAAUAGUUAGGUACUACAUUAAUAUAGAUCAAAUUAAACUUUGCAGCAUUAUAUCAAAAGAGAACUUGCAAUGUUUGUGUGGUUGAAAUUUAAGUAUGGUCCUAAGUUAGCAACAAGCGCACAAAAUACCGUGGAUUUCAGUUUUGUAUACGGUCAUUCCUAUGUACAUAUUUGCUUACUCCAGUCUUUACAUCAUGAAGGCACAGUGCAAAACAUGACAGUUUCUAUAGUGCUCAACAGUUUGAUUUGCUUCAUACCUAAAUCUGACUAUAUACUUUGGUAUGUUCAGCAAUUAGGAUUUAGAAUAUCACUUAUGGAACCAGAUCAGCAACAAAGUGUAAAGAUUGGUGUGAUUAAUUAUUAAUACUCAUAGUACAUGUAUAUUUAAGGAUGUUGUUUGACUUGGAGGUGGAGAUGUGACUGCUUUUAGAUAUUAGUUGGCUAAUGUAACUGAAGCCAUAGGAUACCAUAUAUUUGCAUAUGUAUCUUGUCGCAUACAUAUAUGACAACUACAGUUUUAAACAACACACAUUUUGUAAAGGAAAGCAGGCUAAGAAAAUUUUUGUUGUAUAUUGGUACAUAUAUUUACUAAAUAACUUUGUAAAGAUCUUGAUAACCAUCACAGCAGCUUUAUUUUGUGGAUUUAGUAGUAACUAUCAUGAUAGCUUUGUUAUAUACAAGUAUUAGUAACCAUCAUGGCAGCUUGCAUUUGAAACACUUGCUGAGUCCUUUCUUGAGCAUUCCCAUCUUGUCAGAGAUUUAUAACCUAAAAAUAUAUUUUGUAAUAUAUUUUGUUUGAAGAUUGACAUAGGUUUAUCAUAGUUGUCUUACCAUAAAGACAUCCAUCCAGUCUCUCUCUCUCUCUCUCUCUCUCUCUCUCUCUCUCUCUCUCUCUCUCUCUCUCUCUCUCUCUCUCUCUCUCUCUCUCUCUCUCUCUCUCUCUCUCUCUCUCUCUCUCAAGCAUAGACACCUAUAUCUAACAAAUUUAUAAGUUUUUUGUCGCCAUGUUUUAGUAUAGGAUGGUUUUAAAACCUGUGUAUAAAAGUCAGGAAUGUAGAACAUUUUGUCAAACGGAUAUUAAAUAUAUUCUCACAGAUUCAAAGGUACUGAGGCUGAAGACUUUUAGCCGUGGUUGUAUUUAAUUACGUUUCAUACACAUAAUUUAGGCAACUUUAUAUGAAAAUUAAUAAGAUUAAAUCCCUUACUUAGCGAUUUGGUAUAAGUACAUCUAAUUCUAGAGACCAAUUUUACAUACAGUUGCUCUCAUUGCUGAGGUGUGCCUGUGUGUAUGUUUAUCUUAAGAAAGGCACCUUUCCUUAUUUUAUAAUUUAUUAAACUGGUGAACUAUUUGGAUUAUAUGUACUGUACAUGGUGAGUGAUAGUCACAGACGAUCUUCUGGAAGAGGCAGUUAUGCCUGUGGUUCCAGAUCUAAGACUACGUCAUUAUUUUCCAAACUGGCCGGGUGUGGUAGUGGACACUGUUUAUAUGUCCAUUGUUUAUGACUUUCUGACAUGCUUUGUGCUAGUUUGUAAAGUAUACAUAAAGUCGGUCCCAUUUGUAUGAAAAUCAUGUACUCAGUCAUAGAGAUUAUGAAAUAAUUGUUGGUACUAUUUUUCUAUGGCAGUAAAAAUAUCAUUGAU